UAUAUAUACAGAAGGUUGGAGCCUCUGUGCACCCACAUUCUGAGUGCUCAGUCCAAGAAGACACAGGAGAGGAAUGAAGGGCCUGCUGUUGCUCAGUAUGGGGCUGGGCCUGACCUGGGCACUUCAGGAUCAAACCAAUGUUCCCGUGGCGCCGUACUUUGUACCUGAACAGGUGACAGGAUCUUGGCAUACCUUCAAGCUGGCUGCCACUGACCCAUCUGUCGUUGAGGAAGGAGAUGCUUAUCGGUGCUUCAUGACUGGCAUUGUUCUCCUGGACAAUGGUACCCUGAACGUCACCUACUUGCACAGAGAAGAUGGAAAAUGUGUGGAGAAAUUCUACAUUGCAGAGAAGACUGAGACACCUGGACGCUAUACGUUUGACUACCAAGGCAAAAACUUUCUGACUUUUAUGGAUGUUACUGAGGAUUACACCAUCAUAGAUUUGGAAAGCAAAGUGGGCAGCUUAAUUGUGACUGAGCUCCAUGGUAAGUGCUGUUCCCACCCACAGCCUGAAGAAGGCAGAAAAUGUCUGAAGCUAGAGAGGUGGGUGGGGAGGGCGGGGAGAUGGGGGCUGGAGCCACCCUCCCUACCCCAAUUACCCUCCCUACUGAUCUCUUGGUUUCGCUGUGCAUUCAAUCCUGUUGGCUGUAGCCAGGAGUCUGUCCACAAGUGACGUUGGAUGGGACUACUACUUCUCUCACACAUGCAGAAGAGGCAUCUCACCACUGGACAUUGAGGACCUUUCCUUCUCUCGUAAGCUUCCCUUCCUACGUAGAGCUUCCUCUGUGGGGACCGAGCCACAGUAGCUGGGAUGCCUGUUGUAGGCCACAGUGUUGAGGGGAUGGAGGGGUCUGUCUGGGACUUAGGAGAACUAGGGCUGAUCUGAUGAGGGGUCUCUGGAAGGAAAAGGAGACUCGACCUCUGCAUCCACUGUGAUCCCCAACACGGUGUAGUUCCUGAGCUCUGUAGGUGACAAGACUCCUUCCGGUCUUCAUCCCCCAUAUUCUGGCAGACAGAUUUUCCAGGGAGCAUCUGUAAAGUAUAUAUAACUCCCCAGUAUAUUAGCCAGGGUUUUUAAAAGGUGUUGCACCCAGGGCCCAGCCUGAAUGAGAACAUUAAUGGGGCCCAGAAAGACCCAGGAUUUCUCCAGGGCAUUGGGGUGCAUGGACACACACCCUUGCAUGCAUUGGCAUUGUGUGUGUGCAUGCACAUGUACCUCUGCACAAAUCUUGUGUGUACGCACAGUCUGUAUUCCUGGACCCAGGGAUCUCCUGGUCCAGGCUCUCCCCUCAGUUCUGUCUCCUGACUUCCCAGACUGCCUAUCCAUAUCCUCAAGAAAGCAGGGUGAGCCCUAUUAACUCAGGUCCAGCAUCACAGCACAAAGUGUGCAGACAUUCCAUAGGUCCCUCAAAACCCUGGCACUAAGAAUCACACUCUGAGGUGGGGACAGGGCUCAGGGGUGGUUGGAUCUGGGAAAUUAUAGCCCUGUUGGCAAACUCGGUUGACCAUGUUGCUCACCUGGGUGUGAAAGGCCUAGGAGAUAAGAACAGCAACUUGAGGGCAGGAAGGAGGCUGGGCCCUGGGAGGAAGAAACAGAGAGAAACUCCAGGGCACUGAUCCAGAGCCAUGAGCUCUCUAGAAUGUGCAAGUUCCUGUAACCAAUUGGAGAUCAUUCACAGAGCAUCUGCCUUCUCCAGGUGAGUGUGACACACUCUAGUCAGCGUUUCCACAACCCACAUCUCCUGAAGCUUCUGACGUCGUACACUGACCCACUUUUCUCCAAGUAAUAAAUAAACUCAGUAUCUGCUCAA